AUGCUCGCCAAAAUCUUGACAUUAUCCUCUUUCGUAGGUUCCGCCAUAAGUGCCAAUAACUUCCGUGUCUUUGAUAGCACGGCCUACACCAACACGUCCAUCGGCUACGGCACAUCCAACAUCAAUUGGAUCCCCAAUUACGUCUGCAGCCCACUCGUCGCCAACAACGCCAUUCCCUCCGCAGAGACAUGGCAAUCCAUCGUGCUGGAAUGGAACAUCUACCCCGGUUAUCCCCUCGUACUGGACUGCGAGAACAUCUACCUCACCUCGCCAUCCACCGCGGACCACAACCUGGAAGUCAUGAAGACGCUGCAGACCUGGGCCGCCCAAGUUCUCCCAAGUGAUCAAAUCAUUGGGUGGUACGGCCUCUCGGGAAACACGGCUGCGUCAUUGUACGGACACUACCGGAGCCUUAUUGCCAACCAUAGCGCCCACGCCUUCUUCCCUUCAGCUUACACAUUCUCGAGCAGCCUCACUACUUGGAAUGCCUCUCUCAACAGUGUUCUUGCCAAGAUCAAGGCUAUAGAUGCCUCCCUCCCUGUGUAUCCCUACACGUGGCCACAGUACCAUGGUUCUCCUUAUGCCUUUUACCCUGUUGGUUUGUGGAAGAGUCAGUUGGAUGUGUUGACCGGGAAUCAGGAUAUAAAUGGCUUUGUAAUCUGGGGUGGCAAGAAUCACCAGGUCUGCGGCGAUGCAUGCCAGGCGAGCGCGGGCAAAAAUCCCUGGUUGGAGGCGACUCGUACGUAUUUGAAGGAUUUGUAUGGUAUUUAUGGCGGCGCGUCGCAGAAGCAGGGAGGUCAACUGUUCACUGGGGUGUGA